CUUUAGAAAGAUUGACUCUUCAACAUUGUGCUCAUUUGGUGAAAAUUGAUUGCUCCAUUGGGAAUCUAAGGUGCCUCGUUCACUUGAAUAUUAAUUCGUGCAAGGAACUUCAAGAUUUGCCUGAGGAAAUUGGAGAUCUACUAAAUCUUCAAUACUUCUCGGUAAGGGACUGUUCCAGCUUGAGUGAACUCCCCGACUCGGUUUCCCAAUUAACAUUGUUGAUGAAGCUGGAUGUAUCGUCCACGAUGAUUACGAGAUUACCCGAUUCUAUUGGUAGGCUAACACGUUUGGUAACUCUCAAGAUCUCAUCCACGCUGAUUGCCGAACUUCCAAGCUCUAUUGACGGGUUACAAAGCCUUUCAUCAUUCCAUGUGAGUCACAAUGUGAUUGAAGAACGCCCUACCUUCAUAGUAAACUUAGAAUCUUUACGAGUAUUCAAAUUGUUAGGUGGGGAUUGUUUUGCAACACCUUGGGAGUUACCUAGCAUUAUUGGAAGGUUGAGGAAUCUAGAAGAGUUAUAUGCAGACUAUUUUACAGUGCUAGAGGGUGAAGUUCCUCCUGAAAUUGGAGAAUUGUCCUUGCUAAGAAUCUUAAGCUUAAAGCAUACUCGGAUUGUUAAGGUACCCAGGACUAUCGGCAAGCUUCGUUGCCUCCAAAUACUGGACUUAGAAGGUUGUGAUGAGAUUCAAGAGUUGCCGGUGCUUCCCGACAGUUUAAUCAUUUUGCGUCUGAAAUCCCAGUUGCUGCAGAUAGUCCCUAACCUUUCAAACCUUACGAAUUUAGUUGAAUUGCUCCUAUCUGAUGGCUCUGAAAAUGGGAAUCCUUCAAGUAUAAUUCAAACUUGUGACUUACAGUGGAUUGGGAAGUUAUCCAAACUGACAAAGUUGAAAUUGUGCAUUUUAGAUGUCCCCGCACCGCCUUCAGAGUUGAGUUCUCUUCCUCUGCUCAGCCAGCUUACUUUAUCUGGACUAGAUCUGCAAACCGUCAGGAAACUUCCAUCUUCUCUACUGGAGUUGGAACUGAAAAAUGUCAAUUCAAUAGAUUCACUAUCGUUGAACUUGAGAAAUUUGAUAGAAUUGAGGCUCUUUGACACUCAAGUGAAUGAAAUACAUCUUGAUGGCCUUCCACAGUUGGAAAAGUUGACCGUGUCGGCGUGCGAACUCCUUGAGAAAUUGUGCGUUCUGUCAACCAUAGAGAAACUGAAAUAAGUCGAGGUAUCUUCUUGUGCAAGGCUAGUUGAAAUUCGAUUUCUCGGUGCAUUGGAAUCAUUGGAGAAGCUUUCAGUCGAAAAGUGCUAUUCUAUGAGAAGGCUAGGCGGUUUGUCAAACUUGAAGAACCUGAAGGAUUUACAAAUCCAGGACUUCCCGGGGAUACAAGUCAUCGAGGGCCUUGAUGAAUGGAGACGACGUACUACAAGCUGGAGACAUUCAAGGUCGGACAGCUCAGAAGAAAUGAGUUUCCUCCCCCAACCGGAUUGUUUGGAGAGACUGACGACAUGUUUCUCAAGCAUACUAGACGCUAUCUGCAAGCUUUUCUAGUUUUUCAACUUAAGAAGUUUUCAAUGGCUACA